AUGGAGGACCGGAUUCUUGAACCGGUCGUCCUACACUGGGAUCAAUUGAAGGACCAUUGGUACUCCUGGGUUUUGCUCGGCAUCGUCGCUGGUUCAGUCGCAAUCGGCAUUUCAUAUGUCACAUACUCACUAAUAUUGCGACUGCUCAGGUUGGUGAAGAAGCGUUCGGCACGACCGCUGGAAGUCUCCAGCAAGACACUGAACCGUCUCGACAACAUCGCCGAGAAGCUCUCAUCCCGAUCUUUAAUUGCUGUCCCGAAAGUCACGUCUUUCAACGUGUUUCUGGGACACGCUGGCUCGAAGGUCACGCCUUCCCAAGCAGCUUUGCUGGAUCGCUCGGAACUCGCGAUCCUCGAUCCCUUCCGAGGAGCGGACAGUCUCAUUCGUACUUUCCCCGGCAAGCACUGCUGGAUCGGCAGAUUGGACGUGGACAGUCUCGUUUCCGGCAAACAAAAUCCCGACGCCGUUGUCGAAGCACUGGCUGAUGUCGUCGCGCGCAUUUUUGGUCCAUCCUCUUUUCACGGCUUGCUACUGGCAAAUUGGGAGACUCAAUUACCUCGGAAACAUCUUUUCGCCCUCGCUGACUUCGUAGCAUCUGCUGGGCUCCUAUUAUAUCUGGAAGCAAAGCCGCCGACAUUCCUCGAAGACGUCACCGUCCUUCAGCACGCCAAGAUCUCUGGAAUCGUUAUCCGAAAUGCCGCAAUUCUUCCGAACGGCCAACACCGCGAUUACUUUGACAUGACACAUCUGCAGCCAACUAUCAGAGCCAUCGUGAAAGAGUCGUGUAUUCGUGACUUCAGCGCGCUAGCGUGGGAAUCUUACAAUGAUGGAGUUGUCUGUUCAAACGCGAUCGUCAAACGUGCGAUACAAUGGUGUGGGUUUUAUUCCGUGGUCACCUGGAUUGGUUGUGCCUCUGCAGAGGCCGACCCGAGUGUGGAAAGACCCGACGUAGAGCCCAUGGGCGCGUUUGAAUGGCUAAAAGAAGAUAACGUUAUCGAUGCUCACACAGCAUGGCGGUCCAACGAUACAGUAACACGUACCUCAACUACGACAAUUGAAGAGGCAUGGAGAUCAAUAUCAGCGGCAGUCCCUGAGGCAGCUUCCUUGAGGUCUGCAAUCGACUAUUCGACUCCCGCUCCGUCUCGAAGUGGUUCAUUCCUGUACCAAGAGCCUGUUGAGGAGCCGAAGGCGUCUGAUGUCUCAGACGGAUCCGAGAGUAUUCGGUCUGCAUCAGUUGUGUCUCUCGAUGGUGACAAUCUAGGAUGUGUGCCCCUCGGAUUCGAUGUCACACCAUUGGCGUAUGCAGAAGUCUUGCAGGAGCAGCUCCGGCUUCGCAAUCUGGGUCUACUGCAUCCGAUCGAUCAGCAGAAGGUGACUAAUCUUGGCGUGCUGUAUCGCAAGUUCCACGACAAAUACCUAGCGCAGCUGGAGAAGAAUUCAUCUGGGUCUAAGCCCAGGCUUCCAAUAUGGGUCAAGCGCACGCUUCUGGCUGUCAUACAUGAUGAUGCUGAUGGCACCGAGAUGUUCAUCUCACGAGAUGCUCAAGGUCUUUCCAGCACCGUUCUUCAUGCUUUUCUAUCGAACGAAGGCUUGCCUCGAGAGACCUGCUUCGAUAUUGAGCUGAAGUUUGCCGAUUGGUGCAAGGACACUCACAAGGAAAGCGGUCUUUCGCGACGGAUGGCGCAGGACAUCGAUAUGCUGACGCCGGAAGAGCGGAUACUGCUGCUACAACAGCUCGUGGCGUCUGGUCGGUCUCAUGAGACAAUGACUCGCCUCGCAAAUUGGGUUCGCAAGCAGCUCCUGGAUGCACCAACACACCAACAGCUGAAUGAGGUUGAUUCUGUCGGAUACAUGGAAGGCAAGGUAUCAGAAACGCAGCUCUUGAUGGCCCGAUUUGAUCAGUAUGAAAAGCAAGCAAUAGCACACCCGGACAUGCUCGAUGCGGCGAGGUUCUUUGUCAGGCUCCAGCAAUGGUUUCUUUCGAGUCUUCGGAGAAGGAAAGAUGCCGACAUCAAAGCGUUCACGACAGCGCUGCACACCAUCCUGAAGACGGAUGAAAUUGAUGCCAGAGCCGAUAUUCUCGGACUCGCAACCUUUUGCGCCGCACGAAAGGCUGCAUUUGACGAAGUGUAUCUUGAAGUCACGGACCGUAACCCAUUGCUUAACGAUCAAUCCGACCAAGCGGCUGUUUUUGCCGAGUCGUUCGCGCUUGGCUCCAGGUGCGAAGUCUACUUCGAUGUCUCGCCGAACACUUUCGGACGGUUGCUAUCUGACCGCUUCCGCACAGUAUACAAGGAGAAACAGCCUCCCAAAUGGAACAACGGUGCCCCCGAAUUUGCUACCGCCUACGGUGGAGCAGGCAUCGACGUCGACCCUGACGGACAGCCGAAGCCGCUGCCACAGUUUCAGAGAUUCGGCUUUCUGAGUGUGUUCGCUGUUCCUGCUCUUGUCGACAUCGCGCUGUUGAGCACCAUCGGACGCGGACUGUAUCUUUCGACAUUCAUGGGAGAAGACGAAAUGCGGAGCGCAACGAACGCCCUUAUGAUAUCUCUGCUGUUGGCUGGAGCUACAGGCACGUGGAUCGCCGUUGGAGGAUCCUACUACCUGGUCAGCAUGGCGUUCUCAGCAAUGAAUGUGUUUGUGCUCACGCGAUUGAUCGCUGGCAUCGCAUUUACGGUCGCUGGCGCCUUGCUCGGAUUCGUCAUUAUCGCUGGUGUACAGGGUCCAGGUCCUGCGAUUGUAUUCUUUCUCUACCUGAUCGCUUUCACUGGGUACCUCAUUCUCUUCGCCGCGAUUGCCAGUUUCCAAAUGCCUGGAUCAUCUUUCCUCUCGGGCAGAGCAUACAUACUGGCUUGUAUACCGAUUCUACUACUGUCGCCCAUCAUUACUCCCUGGAGCCAUAACGACAUCUACGUUUAUCUGGCGGUGUUCUACCUGCUGAUCGGCGCACUCACACUGGCCCUCAGGCGGGUGUCCUCGCAAUGGGUCACAUGGUACCAAGGCAUCAAUCAGACCAACGAUACCGAGGUCCGCAAAUGGUAUACCCAACAGAAGGCUGGAGGCGACUCCUCAGUUCUCGAUGCGAUGUCAGAUCCUGCAGCACUCAAGGUCUGUAGAGAAGCCCUUCUGAUCGAUGUACAUCGGGAGCAAAAUAAGUCGUUCUUCGCCAAAGCUACGCAAGAUGACCUCGUUUGUGGCUUGGCUCGAGAUCAUGUCCGAACCAAUUUUCUAUUGGACUGGUACAAUAGAUAUGCCGAUGUUCCCCGGCCAAUCCCUUUCAGCUCAGGCUGGAACAUUCAGGUGAAGGUCGCGCUGAAUACCUUGGUCGAACUGCAAAAGGGCAUCAGACUACACAACGCUUUCAUGCACUGGCGGCAAGCAGGUGACGAAGUUGGUUGCGGUAUCCUCUACUUCCUGGUUGCGCUCAUGGACAAGUGGGUCGAACUCGUCACUGGUGUGAGGAACAUCGGCUUUUUGCCUGGAUGGCUGGACGGACCUCUCAGGGUUUCCGUCGGGUUCUCUUUAGCCUACUAUCUUAUUGGUGCUGUACUCAUUGACGUUAAAGCACAAGAACUCCAUGGCGCCGUCGACAUAUCUGAGCCGAAAGGCGUACGCAACAGCGCAGAGCUUCGACAACAGCAGAAAGAUCACAUUCGUCUUCGCCGAAGGAUGUACAGAAGGACUCUUUUUCGCUUCCUGUCAUGGCAUUGCUGGGCUCUGGCUUUCACUGCCAGCGUCGUGUACAUGUUGCAAGCCACAACGGAGGGAACAGUCAUGUUCUUAGCAUACGUCUUCUCCUACACUGGGCUUCUAUGGUACCAAUACACCAAGAUCUUCGCAGGACAAUACGCGCUACGGCCUCUACUGAUCUCCGUUGCGGUCGGACUGGUCGUGGGAGUAAUACUGAAGAUCGUUGUCCGUGACUUUAUCUAUGGCGGCGUCAUUUCAUUGGGUACAGCGACUUGGACCGCUGCCAUUCUCUGCCUCUGGUCCGCCAAGAUCGGUAUGCCCGAGAAGCCUUUGCCAAAGAUCCAUGAAGACGCGCUCUACUUCGCCUACAUCAAGCCUUGGGACGAUCCACACUGGUCACAGCCUGAGCUACUGUCGAUGUUCGAGAAGCUCAAGCAGCUCCCAGCCGAUGAUCUCUAUCGCAUUCGACCGAUGCAAUACCCUGGCAAUGAGGUCACUGCGCUGCUCAGAUCUGCAUCACCAGUUUCCGACUACUUGACUAAUGCCUUUCCGGACUGCGAAGAGAUGCUGGACGUUGCCAUACAAGCCUUCGAGUCAGGCCAGAUCGAAAUUGAUCUUUUAGCACUCGACAAAAUGACUGGUGAUAUCCAAGCUGUGACUGCACGCUAUGCGGAGAGGACGCAGCUCAUCGUCGGAGUCCGGCGAGCUCACGAUGGCACCUUUAACAUGCGAGGAAAUUGCCAAGUCAUCGCAGAGCUUCUUCUGUGGGAAGUCGCAAACUCCUACUUUCACAUACCGACUCAUCACGCCUGUCUUGUCCCUCAGCUUGUCAGUUCUAGCGUACCCCUGACAAUGCGAAUGAUGCUCGCAGAUGAGCAAGACCGAAGUCGUGUAAUAACUUGGGCUCGGAAAGAGGUUCUUCGACAAUACUGUCUCGGCAUUGAUUGUGAUCUUCGAUGGGAAAAGCUGCCACAUGCGGUGCGGAAAUGGUUUCUCUCGCGAGCAGUUGGCGGAUCCUACGAGCUCUCGACCUCCGAGGAGCGAAAACUGCGUUACUUACUGGGUUGCACUGAGGAGAACACCUAUCCGACUCACAUAGCCCGAUGCGACCUUGGCGCUGAAUCCGCGGCAACUCUCCUCGAGUUAGAUCGCGAAUCACACCCAGUCAUCUUCGCUGGUCAAGAGGCCGGCAUGGUCCCAAUGCCAGAGAUUGUGAUGGAUACGAUCUGGUCACAAGUCAAGAAGCCGCUCAGCUAUCUGUAUCACCAUCUUGGCCUCGCCAUCAAGUAUAUGACCUUGGCACUGGUCGCGGACAUGGAAUGGCACCGAGAGUUCGAUCAUGCCAUGCGGAACAAGAACAGAAUCUUCAAAAUGGUCGUCGGCUUCCUCCUCACAGCUCUAUGGCGGUACUCGAAGUUCGCGCAGGACAUUGGCCUUGCCUUCUUCCUUUACCACGAUCGGCCUGAUGUCAAGCGACUGAUGAAAGAGUCCAAAGGUAUGACCGUCUCGCACAAAAGGUCAAGAAUCGUGAUCCAAAGCUCCAAGGGCAUAUUCACCGGCUUCCGCCGCUCCUUCGAAAAAGGUUUCAAGCUCCACGUCUACAAGGGUGACCUGAAGUCCGAACCAUCGAACCAAGGCUUGCUUGUCGCCAUCAACACGUACUCUCAGCAACGAAAGCUUCAAUCGAGAGAGGAGUUUGAGAAUGGUAGCAGCAUCAAUCUCUUUGAAUACGACUACGAACAGGCGCCCAAAGGCAAAUUGCGGAAUGCCGUGCUUCGGGCUCUCCCAGAGUCACGUCGCUGUGUUCGCGGCAAGCGUGAGCUUGAGAAUGUUGUCUACAACAACCAAGGCCUGGUCGAAUCGGGAUCUUACAUGACAGGCGAAAACCUGACACAUUUCCGACUGCGCUAUCGGAAAGGCGCGACCACGCUCGACGAACUCCUGAUGGGCGAAUUUGUACUCGCACAUCUCAGCGCCAACGUUUCGUGGUGUGCACCACCCACGAGGCGCUCGGAAAAGAAGAAUCGUUGGAUUCCCAAUACCAAAGUCACCAAGGCGACUUUUGUUCAGGGUCCUGAUGUCUUCGAAAGUUCUUGGAAGUACGACCAUCAGAUGCAUCCCACGAUCACAACGUAUCUUAAUGGUUCGAGAGUGCCAACGCCACCUCUCAUAGAGCAUGACUGGCUUAGUGUGCUUAAGAAGCCGUCGCAUACUCGCUUUGCAGAUGACGAUCCUCUGCUCAACACUUCAGCUUGGAACACCAAUGCGAUCACAAGGAUGCUCGGGCUCGCAACACAUCGUGUGCCCAUAUCGACUUCUAUGGCGCGGAGUCGUCUUUGGAAGGCCUGGAAGAACGGUCGGGAUCUUGAUGGCGUUGUCAUCCGUUGGCUCGACGAAAAGCUUAUCCGCAAAGACCCGGUGUUGAAGAAGUAUUGGCGACUUCGGGAUGCAGGCAACUUGCGCGACGCCAAAAGAUACCUUGCUGAGAAUGCCGAUGUGGUCAGAUCCAGCGUCGACAUGGCCGACGACAUCGCUGGCUGGACUCCUAUCGCUUACAAGCUAGGCGAUUUGAUUAGCUUCGGAUCUGGAGGCGACACGAUCAUGCACACGACAGCUAAAGACGUCGGCAAGGACACCAAUGAGACACUCCAUGUUCUUGCUGCCGACAACGGAACAUGGCCCAACGAAGGCGGCGGUGUCUCAGCUUGUCGACGAGACAUGAUCAACAAUCUGGAGACCAUCAAGUGGCACAUGGUAGCUGAGAGUGCGACUGACUUCGGCAUCCCCAAGCAUCAGACCGAGCAGAAUGUGCUGUCGCUCAAGGUCAUUCCCCUGUGGGGCCUUGACUUCCUGACCCCAACCCACGGCCUUUUCAAGAAUCGACUGGACUCGCAAGUCGACAUGCUCCAGUCCAGCUCGACUGCUGCAGAGAUCAAGCUCAACUUCGUGCCCAUCAUGUCAGCAUUGGUGCGCGGAGCUCGAGCGGUGACUUUGUCCCACGCCGAUCUGCAACAAGCGACCCGCGCCUUGGUCAAUUUGCAUGAUUACUUCGAGAACAAGCGUCACUGGGGUGAUGUAUGGAAAAGUGAUGUCAGCAAAGACGCAUGGCGCUCGCUGUGGCUCGAAGACAUGUCCAAUGCUCGUGGAAUGGACGAGCUACUCGAAACGGAGCUACCUACCCUUGGUCACUUCGAGACUGCUCUGGAGCUCUGGUUGAGAUACCUCUUCGUCUUCUCCAUUCAGGUGCCAGACAAGAUUCCAGCGAUCUUCCAAGCAUCGCAUCACUCCGUUUCCGCAGCCUAUGGAAUCGUCUGCAAGAUCAAGCGCAAGUGUCAGCUUCAGAUCUGGGAUCAUGCCGUUGCGUGGCGAGAAACCAAUAUGUGCUUGUCCUCGGCACUUUGCAAACUGCCUCCAUUCGUGCGCAACUCCUUGCUUGGUCUGAUGAGACUCACGAGUGUACUCAUUCUGCACAAUGCCGACACCAUUCUGCCUUGCGCCGACUUCUUUAACCCUGGAUGGGAAGUCGAGAUCGGCACGUGUCAAGGCACCAUCGAACAUCGCAAUUCAUUCAAGCGCAAGAUCUCGCCUAUCGUCAACGGCAUCACAGACUCGGAGAAGUUCAAGCCUGUCAAGGAAAUCAAGACCCAGAAGCCGACUGUCACCAUGUUGUCACACUUGUGGUUUGCGAAGGAUCUGAAGACUGCUAUCUUGGCAGCUGACAUCAUCGUGAACGAAUGGGGCUUCCGCGACUACCAGCUCGAUGUAUACGGCAGCAUUGAGAAAGCACCAAUUUAUUCGAAUGAGUGCCAGGAGCUGCUUGCCUCGAAGGGUCUCCGCAGCCAAGUCAAGCUUGCCGGAACUGCUGAUCCGAUGUCUGUCCUGGAGCAGACAUGGCUGUUCCUGAACUCUUCACUGUCAGAAGGCCUACCACUCGCCCUCGGAGAAGCUGCCUUGACAGGUGCACCAGUCGUAUGCACGGACGUUGGAGCCUCAUUACGUGUGCUCAGCGACCCAGAUGACUUCUCGAGGUACAGUGCAGUCGUUGCGCCUAACGAUGCUCGUGCACUGGCUCGAGCUCAGAUCAAGAUGCUUGCUAUGCUCGACGAGUGGAGCAAGUAUGCCGACGAUGAGCCAGGCAAGGUCACGGAAAUGCCAUUUGCUCCCACGCCGCAGGACGUUGAAUGGAUCACAGCGCGCAUGUAUGAGAAGAAGGAGAAUCGCCGCAAGCUUGGUCUGAUGACGCGGAACAUUGUACAGAAAUCAUUCUCCGGCGAUCGGUACUUGCGCGAGCACGAGCAGAUGCUGUGGAUUGGCAAGUCUCGCCGGAUGCAAGAGGUCCGUGAGACCGCGACCAUAUCGGAUGACCCGGCAGAUAUCUCACUUGCCCUGCAGCUCAAUGCUCCUAUCAACGACGAUAUCAUUCCUCGAUCAGCGCGACCAAGCAUGAAUCUUACACCUGGAGACCGUCAAUCGCUCGGCGGAAGUCCCGCGACCAUGAUGAUGGAAGACAGCGGCCUGAUCAGCGCGUCGAUAUACAAUGGACGAGAAUCGAAGAUGUCCACACGGCCAAGCUCCAAGCUAUCGCACAUGUCGUCGACUUCAGAAGACCUCGAAAUGUCAUCUCGGUUCUUGCCUUCCGGAAGACCGGGCAAUGGUCGCAGCCAUUCUGACAAGAGCAGCAUCGGCAAGAGCAACGGAAAACACAUAGUCGAUCAGCACAUUACUGCUCUACCCAGGGCUCACACUUCGACCAGCCUCAGUCAGCAUCCUACUUUGGCCACUCUGGCGUCGAUGGGCGACAGCGAUGCUGCAACCCUGACAGGUCGGCACAGCCGUGCGGCAGACCAGGGCGGGGCAGCCUACGACCUCUCCGUUCCCUACGAGCGCGCAAAUCACAGGUACCGGAACAGCGACGUGAGCAUCGUCAACCCGAACGUCGCUGCCGCGCUAGAAAAUCCGAACUCCAUUCUGCACGCAGAAGCGCCAGCCCAUAUCAAGCGUGAUUCGCAUUACCGAAAUCUAUCGAGCAAUCGCUCCACACCAGCAGCAAGUAUCCGAUCACAUAGCCGUGACAGUUUCCAACCAGGACACGGUCGUCGACCAAGACCCGGUAAAGGCAGCGGCAGCUGGAGUUUGAGAGAUGUUCGUGCUAGUAGUGGCGGUAGCGGCCACGCCAGUCCCACGACCAACAGCUGGGGCGGAGCAGGAUAUGCCGCUCCGAAAAGUCCUGGCUUGAGCCCGACAGCAAAUACAUUCCUGCUGGGUGGUGACGGAUCGGAGAGUCCGACCGCUAUUACGCCCGGUUCGAGAAGUGCUAGUGCACUGAGUUUGGCGGCUCCGCCGCCGGCUGCAGGGAGUCGACAGGGGAGGCUGAGGAGUCGCAGCCCUUUACCUGGUGCCCCGAGUCCGUUAGGGAAAGGUGGGAGGAAUGGUAGCAUGGGGGGAGUAGGUGGUGAAUACUUCUGA